AUGUCACGAACAACUACAGCACUCGUCGCACCCAAUCUUGAUGGUCACUUUAAGCUUCAGCAAGUCCGUUUAGACUCUUUACAACCUGAUGAGGCGUUGGUUGAGAUUCAUGCUUCAGGAGUUUGUCACACAGAUCUAGCUUGUGCCAGCGGCAAAUUACCAUGUGCUAGGAAUGCCGUCCUUGGCCAUGAAGGUGGAGGCGUCGUCCUUGAGAUAGGAUCUAGUGUCAACAACGUCUCAAAAGGCGACAAGGUACUUCUAUCAUUCUCAUCUUGUGGGACUUGUCCCAGCUGCGUAUCAAAUCAUCCAGCCUAUUGUUACAACUUCAACCUUUGCAAUUUCGGUGGAAGGCGCGAGGAUGGAUCAGCGACCAUGUUCACCAUCAAAGACGGCCGCAACAAACCCAUGCACAGCAGAUUCUUCGGCCAGAGCUCAUUCGCCAGACACACUAUAGUUCAUCGAACAAGUCUUGUCAAAGUCCCACAAGAAACACCGCUCGAGCUUUUUGCACCUCUCGGAUGCGGCAUUCAAACUGGCGUCGGAGCUAUAUUCAACACCCUAAAUGUCAAGCCUGGAAGUUCCGUAGCUGUGUUUGGGGUAGGAUCGGUUGGUUUGGCGGCUGUCAUGGGUGCCAAAGCUCGAAAUGCAGGGAUCAUUAUCGCCGUUGACCUUCAAGAUUCGAGGCUUGAACUAGCAAAAGAGUUGGGCGCGACACAUUGUGUACUUGGACCUGAUCAAGAACAUAUCAUUGACAGUAUCCAAGGUAUCUGUCCACCGAUCGGGGUUGAUUUUGCCGUUGACUGUACCGGAGUUCCAGCCAUCAUAGAAACUAUGGUAGCGUCAUUGGGAAUGAGGGGAAGAGCCGCAACAGUUGGUGCGCCUGGCGGAAUGGCCACUGCCAAAAUUGACAUCAUGAGUCAUCUAACGUAUGGGAAAGAAUAUGUUGGGUGCUCAGAGGGUGAUAGUAAUCCAGGAGUUUUGAUACCCGAAUUGAUCAACAUGCAUUCUCAAGGAGCCUUGCCUCUGGAGAAAUUGGUCAAGUACUACGACAUUGAAGAUUACGAUAAGGCGUUUGCGGAUAUGGAAAGUGGCCGUGUAAUAAAGCCUGUAUUGAUGUGGAGACAAGGUAGGAAACUAUAG